AAAAUAAAAGCUGAAAGAGCCGAUGAACCCUUUUACAGAGUCUGUUUAGAAAGACUUCUCAGAAAGUAGAGAGCGGUCCAGAAAUUAAAAAGAUAAUCUCAGAGACGAGCCAGCAAACGAAGGAAGACCCAUCAGACGCCUUCAAAAUAAAAGCUUCUUCAAAGGAGCGAGACAACAAGGGCGUCACGGCGAAGGAAGACCCAUCAGAUGCCUUCAAAAUAAAAGCUUCUUCAGACACCUUCAGGCUCAGUCCUUCAAAGGAGCGAGACCACAAGGGCGCCACGGCGAAGGAAGACUCAUCAGACGCCUUCAAAAUAAAAGCUGAAAGAACUGACGAACCCUUUUUACAAAGUCUGUUCAGAAAGACUUCUCAGAAAGUAGAGAACAGUCCAGAAAUUAAAAAGAUAAUCUCAGAGACGAGCCAGCAAACAAAGGAAGAAAUGGACGCUGGUUAUAAAGGAAACGUCUCGGAGCAAAACGAAGAGACAGUUGGCGCCGAGAAAAUCAACAACUUGAAAGACGCGGUGAAUGAAAUGGAAGUAGCCAAAACUACAAGUCUGUCUGAAACACAACACGGUGAGGAAACGAUCAACUGGCUGAGCUUUCUUAACUUUAAAGACGUCGCGAACGUCUUCAGACUCAGUCCUUCAAAGGAGCGAGACAAUAAGGGUGCCACGGCGAAGGAAGACCCAUCAGACACCUUCAAAAUAAAAGCUGAAAGAGCAGAAGAACCCUUUUUACAGAGUCUGUUCAAAAAGACUUCUCAGAAAGUAGAGAACGGUCCAGAAAUUAAAAAGAUAAUCUCAGAGACGAGCCAGCAAACGAAGGAAGACUCAUCAGACGCCUUCAAAAUAAAAGCUUCUUCAAAGGAGGGAGACAACAAGGGCACCACGGAGAAGGAAGACUCAUCAGACGCCUUCAAAAUAAAAGCUGAAAGAACCGAUGAACCCUUUUUACAAAGUCUGUUCAGAAAGACUCAGAAAGUAGAAAUUAAAAAGAUAAUCUCAGAGACAAGCGAGCAGACGAAGGAAGAAAUGGACGCUGGUUAUAAAGGAAACGUCUCGGAGAAAAACAAAGAGACAAUCGGCGCCGAGAAAAUCAACAACCUGAAUGAAGUGGAAGUAACUGGAACUACAGAUCUCUCUGAAACUCAAAAUAGUGAGGAAACGAUCAACCAUCUGAGCUUUCUUAACUUUAAAGACGUCUCGAAUAUCUUCAGACUCGGUCCUUCAAAGGAGCGAGACCACAAGGGCGCCACGGCGAAGGCAGACUCACCAGACACCUUCAAAAUAAAAGCUUCUUCAAACGCCUUCAGGCUCAGUCCUUCAAAGGAGCGAGACAACAAGGGCACCACGAAGAAGGAAGACUCAUCCAACUCCUUCAAAAUAAAAGCUGAAAGAACCGAUGAACCCUUUUUACAGAGUCUGUUUAGAAAGACUUCUCAGAAAGUAGAGAGCUGUCCAGAAAUUAAAAAGAUAAUCUCAGAGACGAGCCAGCAAACGAAGGAAGACUCAUCAGACGCCUUCAAAAUAAAAGCUUCUUCAAAGGAGCGAGACAACAAGGGCGUCACGGCGAAGGAAGACCCAUCAGACACCUUCAAAAUAAAAGCUUCUUCAAAGGAGGGAGACAACAAGGGCGCCACGGCAAAGGAAGACUCAUCCGACGCCUUCAAAAUAAAACCUGAAAGAACGGACAAACCUUUUUUACAGAGUCUGUUCAGAAAGACUUCUCAGAAAGUAGAGAGCGCUCCAGAAAUUAAAAAGAUAAUCUCAGUGACGAGCCAGUUUGCUGGUUUUAAAGGAAACGUCUCGGAGCAAAACGAAGAGACAGACGACGCCGAGAAACUCAAAAACAACCUGAAAGACAUGAUGAAAGAAUUGGAAGUAGCUGAAACUACAAGUUUGUCUGAAGCACACCACGGGGAGGAGAUGAUUCCUACAUCACGGGCAGCUGAGCAGAGAUGUGAGACUGAAGAGUCGAGUGAGUCAGCAGACGAUGACAGGAUGAACAAAGAAGACGCAGAACAAGAAGAAGAAGAAGAAGAAAAGCCAUCAGAGACUCUUCCUCUGCAGCCGCUGUCCUCUGAGAUCGAUCUCUUCAGCCUGAGAGACCAAGACGACGAGAGGGGUCGGCCAGGAGGAAUCUCGUGGACGGUGAAGAGCUUCGCCUGUUAUCUGACCUUUGACCCCAACACUGCCAACUCAGAGCUGCGUCUGAGCGACAGCAACCGGACGGUGACUCGAGAGUGGACGGCGCUGUGGCCGCCGGAGCACCCGGACCGCUUCCGGCGCUGCCCGCAGGUCCUGUGCCGGGAGGGGCUGCUGGACUCGGCGUACUGGGAGGUGGAGUGGCGCGGCGGCGCCGACAUCGGCGUCGCCUACAACGACAACUGCCGAGACGGAGACGCGGCGCGCUGCCUGCUGGGACACAACGAGCGCUCCUGGAGCCUCGAGUGCUCGGAGGGAAGCUACGCGGCGUGCCACGCUAACCGGAGGUUCAGGGCAGCCGUGGCGGCGCCUGAACCGUUCGCACGCAGGGUUGGCGUGCACCUGGACUGGUCCGCAGGCGCUCUGUCCUUCUACUGCAUCUCGCCGGACGCCAUGGUGCACCUUCACACCUUCAGAGACACCUUCACCGAGCCGCUGUACCCGGCCUUCUGGGUCUGGGCGUACGACGGGGCCGUGUCGCUGAGCCAGGUGGAGUUAGGCUGGGAACGGCUGCUGCAGUGAACCGCACGGACAUAUGGCUCAGUCACCGCGGUAACCCUCGGCUACAGGAGUGACCUCUGCUACAGGAGUGACUGCUAUAGGAGUGACUGCUACAGGAGUGUCUGCUACAAGAGUGACUGCUACAGGAGUGACUGCUACAGGAGUGACUGCUACAAGAGUGACUGCUACAAGAGUGAC